AUCAAGUAAAACGCUGCUGAAAUGGGUGAGGCAGUCUUUAAUCCUCUUCCCGCUUUGAUGGGUUGGGACAGCGCCAGAUCGAAUUUCCGGACCAGCGUCCACAACAACGACGUCGAGGCAAAUCGACAGUCUUUUCCGUUUCUAUACGAUGACUUAGACCAGCCUGAGGCGCUCGAAGCUUCUGCGGAGGCUUUGCAGAGUAGUGCGAAAUUGGCUAUCCAACAAUACUAUCAAUUGGAGAGCGAGAUCGAUCUAGUCUCCUCCCUGAAGCUCUUGAAUCCUCGGCAUCUAGCUUGGACGACGACAGGAUUAGAUUCUGCCAUUCUCUUCUUGGCAGCAUACAAACCUGAGCUUGUAAUUCAACUUUACGUUCUGGUCAGAGACCUUACGACUUUGCAGGAUUUGGAUGAGGAAUUCCCAAAUUUCGAAACCUAUAUCCUAUAUUCUGCAGGGGACUCUCCACUGCGCCUACUGCGAGAUCGGACGCUGAUCCGACAUCCAUUCGAAUACAGAUGGGGUGUAUUCGCUACUUGGAGAAUUAUGAAUCUCUCAAAGCUCCGCGACAGGGUUGAAAAACUUCCUACGGCUCUUCAAAAGCCUCGAGAGAGCUGGACGAUGCUCCAAAAGAUGAUCGAAAGUCUUCGAAUGGAAGUGUCCCUUACCGUCAUGGAAGAGCUACGUGAGAGUUUGGAAAUCACGUUUGACCUCUUUGACAAGGAGAUCGAAGGGUGCCGGAAUGCCAUUGCCACCUUAGAAAUGGAGGAGGAAAAAAUGCUCUCACUCGUACCCGAACCGGGCAUCUUCAAGACUCCUUCCAUGUCCUCAGCCAUUGAGGUUGUUUCUAUCGAUAUAAACAAACUUCGGGCACGAACAGGACAAUCAAAAGGUCCCGGUCCCAAGAAGCUACAAAAGAGAUCCCCACAGACGGGCAUCAGACGCAAUAUGGCAUCAAGAAACCGCUCAGCCCCGAAGGAUCCCAAACUCUGGCGCACUCUCUGCCUUUCUCUCGUCACUUGUCUCGUGGUAGUUUCUCUUCCCUUCACAGUCCUUUCGACCUUUCUGUGCGAAGCUCCAGACGGCAUUCCAAUGUACGACAGCAACUUCUACUCGACGCUGAGCCAACAACUCUUGGGCUUCGGCGGGCUCUACGCCAUUGUCAAACCUCAACUCAUGCAAUGGUUCUCUGCUCUCGGUUGGUUCAAGGAGGAAGGAAAGAAGCCUCCCAAGGGCAUAGAGACAAAGUGGCCCAUCACUUUCAACUGCCUGGUAAGCCUGGCUUUCAUCACUCUCUUGGCUAGCGCGCCCGUCUACCCGUAUUAUCCUCAGUCCAGCAUCCCACUCGGCGCCGUUGCGGCGAUUUGUGCCAAUCUUGCGACAUUGCUCAUAAUUGAAGACACUGGGAGCCAGAUUGUGGAGCAGGUGUACAAAAUUGAAGAACAGUAUGAUGAGAUUUCAGAGUUGAAUCAUGAGCUAGAUGAUCUACGCGGGAGGGCUUGAACAGUUCUUGGGAUGGAGAGUUAGACGGGGUGCAAGAGACGUAUAGAAUUCAUUGAGAUAAUUUAAGUUAUCUUUCCAACUUUGACUCAAUCGUGAUUUGGUCAUGGCGUGGUAUCAGACGACACAAUGCACCAGACGAUGUGGGCUCCGGUUGGGUAUGUCAUGUUCUCGACCCCACACUGAUCACUUCCGCUGACAUUCCAGCUACAACUGUGCCUCACCCCCCGGCUAUA